AGGUGCCAAGCCAGAGGCUGCAGGGACGACAGCAAAUGACAGAGUGGUGAUCAGGUCCCUGCUGCCACCUCCUGGGAUGGAGCCCUGAGGAGCCUUAAAGAGACCCUAUGCUUCCCCCACUUUGGCUGGACUCACAGCCUCCUCCAUGCACUGAAGCCCGGGGCUGUGCAGCAGCCUCUCUCCUUGGACCUCCGCUGGGCCCUGGAGGGACCAGGCAGAGCCCCUGGGACCAUGGUUGGACUGAAGCCUUCGGAGGUACCUCCCACAACGGCUGUGAAGUUCCUGGGGGCAGGCACAGCGGCCUGCUUUGCUGACCUCCUCACCUUUCCACUGGACACGGCCAAGGUCCGCCUGCAGAUCCAGGGGGAGAACCAGGCGGCCCGGAGCAUGCAGUACCGCGGGGUGCUGGGCACCAUCCUGACCAUGGUGCGCACCGAGGGCCCCUGCAGCCCCUACAAAGGGCUGGUCGCAGGCCUGCAGCGCCAGAUGAGCUUCGCCUCCGUCCGCAUCGGCCUCUACGACUCCGUCAAGCAGUUCUACGCCCCCAAGGGAUCGGACCACUGCAGCAUCACUACCCGGAUUUUGGCGGGCUGCACCACCGGGGCCAUGGCGGUGACCUGUGCCCAGCCCACGGAUGUGGUAAAGAUCCGAUUUCAGGCCAGCGUGCACGCUGGGCCCGGGAGCAAUAGGAAGUACAGUGGGACAAUGGAUGCCUACAGGACCAUCGCCAGGGAGGAAGGGGUUCGGGGACUGUGGAAAGGAACUCUGCCCAACAUCACGAGGAAUGCCAUCAUCAACUGUGCUGAGAUGGUGACCUACGACAUCAUCAAGGAGAAGCUGCUAGACUGCCACCUGCUCACCGACAACUUCCCCUGCCACUUCAUCUCUGCCUUUGGAGCUGGCUUCUGUGCCACAGUGGUGGCCUCCCCAGUGGACGUGGUGAAGACCCGGUAUAUGAACUCACCCCCAGGCCAGUACCGCAGCCCCUUCGACUGUAUGCUGAAGAUGGUGACCCAGGAGGGCCCCACAGCCUUCUAUAAGGGAUUUACACCCUCAUUUUUGCGCUUGGGAGCCUGGAAUGUGGUGAUGUUCGUCACCUACGAGCAACUGAAACGGGCCUUGAUGAAAGUCCAGAUGCUACGGGAAUCUCCGUUUUGACUAAGACAAGGCCACUUGGUACUUAACUAGGACAAAACCAGUUAAGGAUAGAAUAAAGCAGCGGUCCACACACACAAGGACAUAGACCCACACAUGUUUACGGAACUGUUUACUUGCUGCUGACUCAAGAAAUAGAAGAGGAGGAAGGACUGUGGUCUUCACUGCUUUGUCUUAAGAAUACCUUUGUUUUGCACUGACAAAAUGGAAAAUAAAUUACAUUAAUUUGUGAAACCCA